AUGCUCAGAGAAAUACCUCCCGUCGCGGCAGCAGGAGCAGCAGCGGCUCCUUUCCCUCUCCCUCUCCCUCUCCCUCACCACCUGCACCAUUCCCGUCCUCAUCUCUUCCUCCCCCAUCCCAAGCGGAGGAUGACGGAGAAGCAUCUGCCCCGGCGUGCUUCUGUCGUCGCUGUCCCUGCUGCUGCUGCUGCUGCUGCUGCUGCUGCUGCUGCUGCUGCUGCUACGGCGUCGACCUGCUCCAUAGGCGACCUGAGCGAAGAGCUCAUCGCUUUGAUUUUUGAGCAUCCUUACCUGUGGCCUACCGCACCGUGA